AUGUUGAAAUACCAAAUUCGACCAUCGAACCGUUUGAAUCAUCAUGGUGAGUCCUCAAAAAGCCUCUUUGUACCCGAUGGUAACCCUUCUUCCUCAUGUCAAGAUACCGUUCACAUUUUCAAUCGAUCGAAUUCCCUAACUUCGUUGAGCUCCGUUGAAAGUAACGAGUCGAAUGAAUGGGGAACAUUAAAAUUAUACAUGGAAAAUGUAAAGGCCGAUAUCGAUUAUAAGACGCUAAAAAUCUCGACAAAUCAUACCGUUCGAAAUGUUAUCGAAAAUGUUAUUUCAAAAUUUCGGUUUUCAUGCCGUGACAUAAAUUUAUUCGAAAUAUUGAUGGAACUACGAACCAUGAUUGAUGGACAAGAAGUGAAAACAUUACUAUUGCUCGGUCCAAGCUGUCACCCACUGGAACUUCAACGAUGCCAUCCGUCAGAUAUGUCUCGAUUCAUGUUGACCAUGAAUCAAAAUGCAGUACUUGUUCGAAUUUAUGACUACAGCAUAAAUGAUGAUAGUAAUUAUAAAUCAUUACUAUUAUCGCUACGAACAACUUGUUAUGAUGCUAUCUCGAUGCUGUUAACAAUAAGUCGUAUGGAUCGAAGUCCUAGCAGGUAUAGAUUAUUUAUCGAAACAAGGCCUAUCGAAAUGCAGUUCUGCUCCUAUAAUAUUCAUUCUUCUUCUAAUAAUACGGAUACAUAUGGUCGUAAUAACAAUGAAAUCAAUCAAAAUAGUGAUGAAAUUGGUAUGAACGAAUUUAUUGCUGAUUUCUAUCUUAAUCUUAAUUCCAAUCAAAUUAUUGUUAUAAGGCGAAUUGUGUGA